AUGAGACACAACGCCAUCCUUGCGUAUAGACUACGGCUGGAUGAUAGAUGGCUUCGAAACAGAUUCAACGAUCAGACGAUUGUCGUUGAGAAAUCGGGAGAGGAGUUUGUGUUUUAUUUGCCUCGAGCGUUGACUUCUACUUUCUUGUUUCUCUACCUUGAUUCGGGGCUUUUUUUGUUACUGAUGGUUGCCACAGGCGGAACAAAACGAGAUUCUUGA